AUGACUACACGUGAUUACAAAAGUGACUGCAUAAUUUUUGAUGAUAGUUAUGAAGGAUAUUCAGCGAAGAAUUUCACUUUACCAGGAAUCUAUGAAAAACAUAUUUCAACCAUUUUGGUUCCAAGUGGAAUGAUUGAGAAUCGUUUGGAAAGAAUGUCUAUUGAUAUACUGAGUGAAUAUGAGAAAUCUGGUGUACAAUCUGUCUACGUGAUUUGUAUAUUGAAAGGAGGUUUCAAAUUUGCUUCCGAUUUAUUCAAAGCAUUACAAGAGUAUUCAUUUACACGUCGAAAUUACAUAAAAGUUAGUAUCGACUUCGUCGCUGCAAGUACAUACGAUGAUUCAGUAGGUCAUGAUACCAAAAUCACUCCGUGUACAAAUAUGGAGAAGUUCAGAGAUAAGGACGUACUCAUUGUGGAAGAUAUGGUUGACACAGGCACAAGUUUAAACGAACUGGAGAGAUUUGUGAAGAAAUACGAACCGAAAUCUGUUCGUUCAGCAUGUUUACUGGUCAAAAGAAUAGCCGAGGUUCCUGGGUAUAAACCAACCUAUGUUGGCUUCGAAGUACCGAAUGUAUUCAUAGUUGGUUAUGGUAUCGACUACAACGAUCGCUUCCGUGAAUUGCCACAUGUCUGUGCAGUGAACGAUGAAGGUAAACGUGAAUUCCUUGGCCAAGGUUAA